AUGGAGUGGCCGUCCAAGGCAUGUAGGUUCAGGACUCGCGACUUUCGCGCCUUCAAGUAUGAGGAGCGGUCUUCCAGGGUUAUCACCGUCCGUCUGGACGAUACAUCGGACUUGGAGGAGGCAUUCGUCGAUGAAGAACUGACAUCGUCAUCGGAAUGGGAGUCGUGGCUCCGAAGAACCGUGGGUGCUCUUGCGAGGCAAAGCAAGUGGACUGAGCGGGAUUAA